ACGUUUUAAUGAAGAAAAAUUCAUAAUUAUCAAACAUAUUUAUCGCUUGAGUUAUCGUGCGGGAUUUAUAGUUUGAAUUAGGUUAUCAGUUUACAUACACGUCGACAAAGUUUAAACUUCAAAAGUCAAUGUUAUACAGAUAACUCGGUCAAAUACACAUAAAACAUGGCGGCAAAGAAUGAAUUUAUUGACACAACGGUUCGAGGAUCGGAGGAAAUGUUUAAUACUUGCUGUACGUCGUGUUCAGAAACAGGUGAAACAAAGGAAGCAAAGAAAUUUUGUGUGGAUUGUAAAUCCUAUUUUUGUGACACAUGUCUUCGGGAUCACAACAAAUUUGCAGCAUUAAGAUCGCACCAGAUUUUGGACAAGUCGAAACAAGAAGGACAAGAGCUUUUGGACAUGAAAGGAAAUAACUCUCCAACGGAGCGAUGUGCCGAUCAUGGGAAUAUAUUUGAUAAGUUCUGCCGGGAUCAUGAUGCCAUUUGUUGUCAAACUUGUAUUACUAUUAGACACAGGUCAUGUAAGAAUGUUGAACCCUUGACUGACGUGGCCAAAGGUAUCAAGAGCACUUCUGAGUAUAAUAAUGUUAAAGAUUCCCUUAGUGUCAUUUGCGAAAAGACCAGACAAUCGACUGCAGAAAGAAAUGAUAAUUUAAUAAGACUUAAUCAACACAAAGAGAAACUCCUAAAAGAAGUGGAAGAAUUUGAACAACAGAUCAUAAAGAAAAUAAAAGAGGCAGGCGAAGCAACAAGAAAGAACAUACUCUCUGAACAUGAACAAAGCAAAAAAUGUCUUGAGUCUGAAAUAGAAGUUGUCAGAGCUGUUAAUGUCACAGCGACAAAUGCCAUCCAAAAGUUGUCUGAUGUUAAUGAAGUUGUUGUAUUUUCUAAUGUCAGAUCAUGUAAAAAUGUCAUUGAAGAAAGUGAAUCUGUCUUAAAUGAGCUGUGCGCUGGAAGAACAUGUACAGAAAUAUAUUUUAAACAAGACCAUGAUUUACAAGAUAACAUGAGCAGCUUAAAGUCAUUAGGUACCGUAACAGGAUCUGUAACAGAAAAAAGACUGACAGAAGGUAAAAAGGCGUACAUGGCAACCUUACAUGGAAAAUUCCAAAUUAACCCCAGUCAUUGUGAGAUAACUGGCGUGUGUGUAAUGGAUAACGGUGAGAUUGUGAUAGCCGACUAUACAAAUAAAACUCUCAAGAGGCUUAACAGAGAUUAUACAGUGCGGGAUUACGUAAACUUACCUGCUCAUCCGGGUGACAUUUGCAAAGUAGGUCCAGCGAAAGUUGCUGUAUGUCUAUAUAGUUUUAACGAAAUACAAUUCUUUUCCCUAGCAAACAGUAUGAAUGUAUCAAGUCAGUUUCAAAUAGAAAGCGGCUGUCAUGGAAUUUCGUACGAGGUAAGAAAUGAGAAAGUAUUGGUGUGCAAUGGAACAACGCGACUGAAUGUGUAUAGUAAGACAGGUAACUUGCUGAGAACAUAUGAAAAAGAUCGCAACGAUCGACAGUUAUUUUCGACUUUGAGACAAGUCGCUUUCGAUAGUUUAGAACACCGGAUAUACAUUGCGGAUGCUGGUAAAGGAUUGAUCGCCUUGAAUGAAAAUGGAAAAAUAGAAUGGGUCUUUAGUGCAGAACUAAAUGAAACAUGGGGUAUUUGCGUUUUACCAGAUGGAGCAGUCCUUGUAUGUGGGGCGAGUUCCAACAACAUUAUCCAAAUUGACAAACAGGGCAGGAAAGUUACAACGUUAGUCACAGGUUCUGAGGGAGUCAAACGUCCUUUUGCAAUGGCAUAUGAUAAAUCGUCCUCUAGGCUGAUAGUUGGAUGUAGCUCAAACGAAAUACUUGUUUACAACCUGGCUGUUAAAUGAUACGACAAUAUCAAUGUUAACCAAUCAAAUUAUACUGUCCAGUAACAGACUCGGUCAAACCAAGUCUGCUAAUGUUUUGUUUGGUUGCAUUUGUGUUUCCAAAGGCUAAGACAAUUACUGUUUUAAUUGCACAAAUAUUUGCCAGUUUUGUACACUGCGUAUGAAAUUUGUUUAACUUUAUUAAUAUUACAGAUGUAUACACAAGGAUUUACCUGCCUAAAUGAUUUUUAUAAAUGAUCGAAAGCACGUAUUUGAUUCGGUCUACCGGUAUAUAUGACACAUUAUAUGAAAUAAAAAUGGUUUAUGGAAAAGAUCAAUGGUUUAUAAACACGAUCAAAUGGACGCUUGGUCAUAUUUCAAAGAAAAUAAAGAACAAAACUCUUAACUAUUGAAAUACAUCUAUUAUCCAAUACAUUUGACAGAUUCAAAACAAUUUCUAGAAAAGUAGUUUCCAAUUGAUCUCGUUUGAACUAUAUUAUAGUUCUUUCACUGUUUCCGUGGCAAACGUUCAUUUUAAGAAAUGACAACGCAUACAGACGAUGAUUCUGCCAUAUCUGUAUCAGUUAUCGAGAUAAAAGAAUAGAAAUGGUACCAAAAUGGA